AUGGCUUCAGUGUUAGUACCAGAAGUUCCAGCUCCUGGCUUUUCUUUUGAAAAUUGUCAACGAAAUGCCUUCCUUGCUCAAAAAGGUUUUCCUGCUCCGAAAGCAACGAAAACCGGUACUACUAUUGUGGGCAUUAUUUAUGCCGAUGGAGUAAUUCUUGGCGCUGAUACAAGAGCUACAGAAAAUACCGUAGUUUCGGACAAAAACUGCCAAAAAAUUCACUAUUUGGCAGCUAAUAUGUACUGUUGUGGAGCGGGUACUGCAGCUGAUACAGAAAUGACAACACAGACAGUUGCGUCGCAGCUAGAAUUGCAGCGACUUCAUACUGGUCGUACUGUACCAGUAGAAACGGCUUCAACUCUUUUGAAACGCAUGCUGUUUCGCUAUCAAGGUUACAUUGGUGCUGCUCUAGUACUGGGAGGCGUUGACCGCACUGGUCCUCACAUAUACUGUAUUUACCCCCAUGGAUCUGUGGAUAAACUGCCCUAUGCUACCAUGGGUUCCGGUUCUUUAGCAGCAAUGGCUGUGUUCGAAGCUGGCUGGAAACCAAAUUUGUCUGAAGAAGAAGGCAAAAAGUUAGUAAGGGAUGCAAUUGCAGCAGGUAUCUUCAAUGACUUAGGCUCUGGAUCUAAUGUGGAUCUAUGUGUAAUUCGCAACAAUGGUCCUGCCCAAUAUCUGAGAACAUAUGAAGAAGCUAACAUCAAGGGUAAGAAACAAGGUUCGUACAGAUAUCCACCAGGGACUACUGCUGUAUUGAAACAACGUGUUAUUCCUCUCGAAGUUGAAUCGGUUUCUAUUCACCCAGUACAGCAGCCCCAACCUAUGGAAGUAGAGCCAUCGCACAGCCGUCGUUAA